ACUUGCAAGCCGGAUGAUUGUGUACUGUGCGCCGUGUUGUAUCCACACACUGUACCACCUACCAUAGCUUUCAUUCUGGAAGGUCCAGAUUGGAGCUUCCCAGUCCCCACUAACAUUCGCGACGACGACAGCAGAGAGCGCUACUGCUUGUUCAACAAACCGCGGAGCUGAACCAUCACUUGCCUGUGGCGACCAAUGCGUUGGACUGCAUACGACUCGUGAUGCGGUGAGGACCUCCAACAUCAGCGACAACUCAGGUCGCCCGUUACCCUCCCGAUGUGAAGCGCACAGUCGACCCGCGACGGCCACCACUUUCCGACAUCCUGCUUGCUGGCCGACUUGCCUCGCUGCGACACGGACGCGAGGCCACGAAGGGGAGAGCUUCCUCUACCUGGCCCGGACUUUUCUCAAUCGUUCGUGAUCCCAAUUCCACCACGACAUGUCGACACCCAUGCGCCACGGCCCCUCGCAGCAGGGCCGCACUCCGUCACAACAUGCUGGGACGGCGCCGACACCCCAGGCCUCGACGCCAUUCUCCAACUCACAGACACAAGCUGCCUUUUCACCUCGGGGGCCGCGAUCGUCGCCCCAGCAGUUCAAGAAGUCGCCCGCGGCCAAGAACUCCCCAGCCAACAUGGUGGGACAUCCGAGCAAUGCGCCCGUCAACUUUGACAGCCCCUCUGCGGCUGCUGCGCUCGGCGCACUGGGCAUCAACGAUCUCGGGCUCGACAACAUCAGCAUGAGCGGCAUGGUCACAGGCUCCGGGCGCGGCAGCGAGGAAGAGUUCAGGAAGAAGCUGGACGAUGUCAUAGACAUGCUCUGGAAUGCAAAGAGUGCUCUUGUGAGCAACGACGGUCUGGAGCGUGUGGCAACACACCUCGGUCUCGAGUGUAUGUGGGAGGAUACGAUAGGCGGAGGGGAAGGUGCCAAGACUCUAGUCAUUGCCGGGACUGCUUUCUCGGUCGAGAUCAAUGUCAACAAGCACAUUGUUCAAGAAGCUGCGCUUGCGUUCGGUGAAGAGAUCCCCAUCGUGGACAAGCAUGUCGAGAAGGCGUCUGCUGUCCUUAAGGAUGACCUCGUCCUCGCGCCUGGACAGACGCCGCUCACAAAGCGGUUGCGAGACUUCUGGAGCAACCUGGAACGCCUGAGGGAUCUGGACAAGCUGAGCGUCAGCCCCGGCUUCAACUGCCAUGAGGCCAUCGCCGGUCUGUACGAGAGUCUGCACAGCCUCCAUCAGUGGGACGUGACCAAGCUACGCGAGAUACCAGAGCUGAGCGCAAAGCCGAACGAGCAGAUAGAGGUUUGGGCGUUGGCCGCAAGAAACGGCGUACCACAGAUGCAUGUCCGCCACCGCGUCGGCCUCACACUCGACUACUGGAUGGAGAAGUACAAGAGGGCUGCCACCCGCAUCGGCAGGGAGGAUGCAAAGACAUGGGGCAUCUACGUGAGCUGCACGCCAGCGGACAGUAUCGCGUACAACCCCGUGCGAGUGUCCGACAAAUGGAUUGGGCCCAGUGUUGAGAAACUGAACCCGUCAGAGGAGGAGAUGAUGAUGGCGGCGGGAAACCCAAUCAUUGACUGGUUGGAGCCGGCGCCCACGCUGCUACCCUCGAAUGACAGCACAAAACCACAGUCAAGCAUGGAUCCAGCUGCCGAUGGCAUGCUGUCAGGCCCCAAGACCCCGGAGGUGGUCUUUAUGGCCACCUUUGAGCCUCCCGUCAUCGUGACGAACCACGCCGCACUCGAGAUCUACAAGUUCUCCGGCACGCAGCCACAAAUGACUACGACCACGUUUGACGCCUGGCUCUUCCCGAUACCAAAGGGUACAAUGUACGACCCCAGUGAGCCGCGUGUUAUCGAGCAUACUAUGCAGGUGCCGACUUUUGCACGCCGCUUGGAGGGUCAAGAGCAGGACGAAGCAGAAGUCAAGUCCCACAGGAACACGCUCCAUAUAUACAAGCCGGUCUAUGGACAGGUUCUGAGAGCAGUUCCGUUCUCUCACCCGCGGGAGCUGGUCCAGAUGCUGCCAACCUUACGCCAGUACGCAUUUCUCUCGACACUGUUGUAUCGCAGCUUCGCGCCAAAGCAUGACGCCGAUACAUCAGGAGCGGGAGCAUUACGGCCACAGCAGAGCCGGGCUAAUGGCGCCGGCACGACCACUAACGGGACCACUCCAACAAAGAAGAGCGGCAGCACAGAAAACACGACGGCGAUAAGCGACUUUGACAGCUUCAUGUCUGGCACACAAUCACAGCCAGCGCGCGGAGGUGCGACCGGAACAACGUCCGGUGAGGCGGAUCGUUCAUUGCUGGUUGACAUCACCUUGACCGCACACCCCGUGCCGCGGCUCCAGGUCGUCUUCCCUUUCCGCUCCGAGACGGCCAAUAUCCAGCUCGAGAUUCAGCCGGGCGGGAAAGUGCACAUCAUCUCAGACAAUGUGUUUCCAACACAUGGCAUUGACAGCACGAGGCUUGGCAGCACGGGCAACAAGGCAAGAGGUGUGCUAGGAUCGCUGUCCGCGGCACAGUGGGCCAAGAAGCUCGAGUUCACGGAGGAUAUUGGCGCCUGGGUCGAGCUCAUCAAGCUUUCGCUUGAAUGACGGCCAUCUCGUGGAUUCGAGUUGGCGAACGAGACUCAAGUAGAUAGCACGUGGAAAUAUACCCUUAUGGACGCAC